GUUUCAAUCAAUCCAUUCGAGUGUUAUUCAGUUUGGAUUGAUUAAGCCUCGAAAAAGCAAGUCUCGCCAUCUAAAUGCUCCAAUAAAACCAAAUCGAAACGAAAAUGAAGAUGAAGAUGGAAUAUAUAUUACUUUUGCUCUCAAUUGCAAUUUCAGUGUGCAAUGCUGCUAUAAAGUCAACGACAGCGGAGGGACGAGUUAUAAAUGAAUGCCUAGAAAGAUUUGGUGGUCUAACUCACGAAAAUGCAGAGCGUCUUCAACGAUAUAAAACGUGGUCAGAACAGAAUGAAGAAAUUCCUUGCUUCACCAAAUGCUAUAUUAGCAAAAUGUAUGAUAUUUAUAAUGAAACUGCCGGAUUCAAUAGAGAAAACAGUAUACGAAAGUUCAGUGAACCUGCUUAUAACGCAUGCAGCAGUCACAUGUGGACGGGACGUAAUAGUUGUGAAGUGGCCUAUAAUGGUUUUCAUUGUUUGGUUAAAUUGGAAAAUGAUCCACUUAUACAAAUAGAUGGCAUUGAACUACUCAGUGAUGUAGCUAGAAACGCUAUGAGGCAAUGUCUACUUAAAUUUAAUGAUCACGAUAGACAACGUUUAAAGGAGUUCUCACGGUUUCCGGUGGUGGAACCUCUUCCGUGUUACACAAAAUGUUUUAUGGAUAGUUUAGGAAUAUAUGAUAUAAGACGUAGACAAUGGAGAAUUGAUGAGAUGCGCAGACAUUUGGCAGUGCCAAAGGCGUUUGCAAAUAUUGAAAGCUGUAAGGCUUUAAGCAGAAGAAGAAACCGUAAUUCUUGCGCUUGGAUGUAUCAGGAGUUCACUUGUUUUGUAUUAUCUAAGGAGGAGUAAAAUAUUGGAAAUAAAGUUUCUAAAGAAAUAUA